AGGAGGAGAGAAGAGAGAAGGGACAGGAGGAGAGGAGAGUGGAGAGGAAAGGAAAAGAGAGAAGACAGGAGGAGAGAACAGAGAGGAUAGAGAGGAGAGGAGAGGGGAAAGAGGGGAGAGUGGAGAAGGCGCAGGCAGCCCCAGGGAAGGGUGGUGCGGGGCGGGACGGGGAGAGGCAGGACAGCCCCUGCCCACCCGCACGCCGGACCCCGCCCCGUGGGGGAGGCAGAGGAUGGCCCAGCGCCCCCAGGCCAAGCGCCAGGUGUGACCCGCUGCGGCGGUGCGGAGGGGAGCGCCCCCCUCCCAGGCUGUCACCUGACCCGCAUCUGCUCGCCUCCGUCUCUGGGCGGGAGCCUGGCAGCGCGGUGGCUCGGAGCCGCGUCCUGAACCCACUUUCCGCAGGGGGACAGGGGGUGACUCAGGCGGCGGACACAGCAGGCCGCCCCCCAGCCCCCACUCCCCACCCCCCAGUCUGCUCCCCGCCCGCCGCCCCCGUCCCCGUCCCCCCUGCUCUGAUGUGCAGUGAACAUUCAGGAGAAAGAGCAGGUCCGGGUGCGGGGGGUCCCCGAAUGCAGGGCCAGCAGAAGCGGCCCUUGGCCUCCGUCCGCUUUCUUGGGGGGCAUUAACAGCGGAGGGGAGCCUGGCCCGGGACCGCCGGUGUGCAGCCGGCAGAGGACACCCCUGGGUGCAGCCGGCAGAGGGCACCCCUGGGCCGCGAGCUGGGGGCCUGGCGGCGGGGACCGGGGCACAGCGGUGGGCAUUUUGGAGGGGCUGCCACGAGCCGGGGGCUUGGAGGGGUGAGGCAUGGCAAGGGAAGGGAGAAUCUUCUUCCACCACCAGCAGAUUGACCGACAGAGGCAGAGGCCCAGCAUCUCUGGACUGAGAGCUUAGAAUAUGCCAGAAAGGCAGCAGUGGCAACUGAGGGGACCCCAAGGACCAGCUGCCAUCUGCCACAGCACCCUGGAGCCCGACAGACAGAAGACAGGUGCAGAAAGCCGAAGGGACUUUGCAAGGAGCUGCUUGGGACCACGGGACUCCAGUCUGUAGGACCUGUCCCUGGAUCCCUGGUGAAGACGUCGCCUCCUGGGCUCUGUCCCCCUCCUCCCUUGCCCCCAGGGCAGGAUGAGAACUCUGAACACCUCCACCAUGGACGGGCCUGGGCUGGUGGCCCGGAGGGACUUCUCCUUCCGCGUCCUCACCGCUGGCUUCCUGUCCCUGCUCAUCCUGUCCACCCUCCUGGGCAACACCCUGGUCUGCGCGGCUGUCAUUCGUUUCCGCCACCUGCGCUCCAAGGUGACCAACUUCUUCGUCAUCUCCCUGGCCGUGUCGGACCUCCUGGUGGCGGUCCUGGUGAUGCCCUGGAAGGCCGUGGCCGAGAUCGCCGGCUUCUGGCCCUUUGGGUCUUUCUGUAACAUCUGGGUGGCCUUUGACAUCAUGUGCUCCACGGCGUCCAUCCUCAACCUCUGUGUCAUCAGCGUGGACAGGUACUGGGCCAUCUCCAGCCCCUUCCGCUACGAACGCAAGAUGACGCCCAAGGCGGCCUUCGUCCUCAUUGGCGUGGCCUGGACCCUGUCUGUCCUCAUCUCCUUCAUUCCCGUGCAGCUCAGCUGGCACAAGGCCAGGCCCACGGGGUCCCCUGAGGUCAACGCCACCACCACCUCCCCGGACGAGGAGGACAACUGUGACUCCAGCCUGAGCCGCACCUAUGCCAUCUCCUCCUCCGUCAUCAGCUUCUACAUCCCUGUGGCCAUCAUGAUUGUCACCUACACCCGCAUCUACCGGAUUGCCCAGAAACAGAUCCGCCGUAUCUCGGCCCUGGAGAGGGCAGCCGUCCAUGCCAAGAGCUGCCAGGCCACGGCCCCCGGCAACCGCAACCCGGCCGAGGGCGCCCAGCCCGAGAGCUGCUUCAAGAUGUCCUUCAAGAGAGAGACCAAGGUCCUGAAGACCCUGUCGGUCAUCAUGGGGGUGUUUGUGUGCUGCUGGCUGCCUUUCUUUAUCUUGAACUGCAUGGUGCCCUUUUGUGGGGCGGGGGAGACCCAGCCCUUCUGCAUCGACUCCAUCACCUUUGACGUCUUCGUGUGGUUCGGCUGGGCCAACUCCUCCUUGAACCCCAUCAUCUAUGCUUUUAACGCCGACUUCCGGAAGGCCUUCUCCACCCUGCUGGGCUGCUACAGGCUCUGCCCGGCGGCCAGCAAUGCCAUAGAGACAGUCAGCAUCAACAACAACGGGGCCGUGGUCUUCUCCAGCCACCACGAGCCCCGAGGUUCCAUCUCCAAAGACUGCAACCUGGUCUACCUGAUCCCCCACGCCGUGGGCUCCUCAUCCUCCGAGGACCUGAAGAAGGAAGAGGCGUCCGGGGUGGCCAGGCCCUUGGAGAAGCUGUCCCCAGCCCUGUCUGUCAUCUUGGAUUAUGACACAGAUGUCUCUCUGGAGAAGAUUCAGCCCAUCACACAGAACGGGCAGCAUCCUACCUGAGUGAACCCUCCUUUCUUCUUACCCUUCUCUGCCACCCCCUCCCACCCCAAACCCAGAGGGGCCCUGCCAGAUGUGCUCACCCCGCCCACCCCCCCAAAAGCUUGGAGGGGACUGUUGGGGAGGAGGGUUUGCUGUAAAGACACCCAGAUGACACUCAGACGGCGGCUGAGUCCACCCUCCUCAACACACAAUCCACUCCACUUCCAGAUACAUUCCAGUGUGCUCUGUGCUAUGCCCAGUGGCUGUCUGUGACGCUGACAUUUGCAAGGGCUCUCGAAUUGUCCUUAGGAACCAAGUUUUAUCGUAAGACGUAACACAUAGUAGGGCAAAGAAUCCACAAGGAACUGCUUCGCUAUUUAAAAAAAAAAAAAAAAGAGUCAAAUCUUUGCAGGAGGGAGUUGUGACAGUGGUUGAGUUGGCUGUGUACGAACAGGUGCUAACAUUGGUUCAAGCUGAGAGUUCAGGUUGUAAAGGUAGGUACCUUCAUCAUUCUUCAUGAAAGAUAAUCGAGCCUUACAGUCGAAAUGGGAUGUUUUUUUUUCUUCCCCCUUCCCUUCAAUGGAGAAGAGAUGCUUUGUCGCUACUGGUUUUUAUUUAUUUAUUGUAUCAUACAAAUCUUCUUAAUUUAUUAUGACAGAUUUCUAUUUAUCAUAUUUGAUAGGCAAGAUGCAGGAGCUAUCAGAAACUUGACAAUCACAUUUUUUUUCUUCCUAUCCACUGAACUAGCACUUUAGAAGCCAGUGAGGCAGCACACAGACUCCCUGCAGAUUCUAGAUGCUAACACACCCACAGCUUGCAGCUUCACUGCAAGGACUCAGAGGAACUGGGAUUGUGCUGAAUUCUCAGAAGUCAAUGUAUCAAUACAUCUGAUUUAUUGAUGAGAACUGACAAAUCCUAUUUCUUUUUUUUUUUCUUCCAAAGAGAUUUUUGGAUGAGAGAAAGAGAAAGAGAGAGAGAGAGAGAGAAAUAGAAGUGGGGGGCAGAGAAAGAAGCCACCAUUAGUAUUCCAAGCUUUUUCUGUGAGAAAGGUUUAUCUGCGAGAAUGGUCCUGUUAAGUAUCUGAAAGAGAAGCCAGCUAAAGAAAGAAAAAAAGAAAAAGAAAACCCAAAAUUGAAAUUGAGGAUCUUCAGUGAUGAUAAGAGGUACAUACCACUUUGUAUUUAUGUAAAAUAAUUGGUUUCUUCUGUCUUUAAAAAAUUUUUUUUCCCUUCCAUGUCACAUGUAGCUUCUCAGAACCCCAGAGGCUGUUCUGAUUAUGUGUGUGAAUGGUGGGCUUCCUUAACUCUUGUGUUAAAGCAGCUUUUGCCAAGGACCAAGUUCAAAUCCUGUCCCUAGCAGCCUGACCAGGUCCGUUCGACACUCCUUCCCUCUCUCCCUCCACGGGACCUCUUGGUAGCUUGUUUAUCUGAAUUCAGAAGUGAUUUCUCUUUAACUGUGUUCUACCUUACAAAGAGUGCCUCGUUCGUUCUCAUCCUCAGUAAGAUACUUCCGUUGUUGAUGGAGAAAACAAACAAACAAAUAAAUGUAAGGACCCCCCACCCCCACCCCUCAUGGGGUUUGUCAAGCUUCCUCAAAGACAUUAGUAUCUCUUUUGACACAUGCUAACCCUCUGUCUGUGAUUUGGAACCAGGUUCCUUUCUCAUUGUCUGGGCUGUAAACAAACAAACAAACAAACAAACAUCCCCCAAAAGCUAUCAUCAAUUUCCCUGGCCAGGCAGUAACUCAUGGGGUGGGGAAGUAUGUAUGUCCAGAGCUGUUUCUUUGAUAUGUUUAUAAAGGGUUCUUGUAAGCAGUUGACUGACUGUAGCAGUUGAAAUGCAAUGGGGACAGGGGGGAAAAAGUCUAUUGGAAAAUUUCUCCAGCGCCAGGUCUGUGUUCUUUAGGCAUUGUGAAUGUUUUCUUAAUUUUAUUGCCUGUGAGCUUUCUUACGUAUAAUAAAAUUAUU